AUGGGUUCUUCCCUUUACGUGAUUGCUGUGGAUUUCAUCUUUUACAGCUUUCAGGUAGGAGCCGUCGAAAACAAUGUCGUGGAAGAACAAAUUUAUAAGAUCGUCCAGUCAGCCCCUGAUGGCAUGGACACAGACACCAUCACUACCUUGACCGCCGCCAUAUCAGCUUUAGAUCGGCAGAAUGCCAUCAACAAUCUCCUGGUCUCAAAGAAACUCGUCAUUGCUAAAACGUCAGGUGGAACUCUACGAUUGAAAGUCAACACAAAUACGCAGUUGUCUGGAGCCACUGAAGAAGAACAGGCUAUAUUCACUCUGAUAGAGGAUUCAAAGCGGAAAGGCAUUUGGAUUCGAGAAUUACGAGAUGGUUCGGGAUUGUCGCAAAUUCAACUUCGUAAGGUUCUCAAGUCUCUCGAGCAGAAGAAACUUAUCAAAAACAUUAAGGCUGUCGGUACUACGAAGAAAUGUUACAUGCUUUACGACCUUGAACCGGACACAUCAUUAACAGGAGGGACUUUUUACUCCGAUCAGCAGUUGGACGCUGAACUAAUUCACACUUUGGUAAACGUGUGCAUCGGUUAUGUACAUGUACGUGAUUUAUCAGGCUUUUAG